GACCCAAUCCUUCACUUGAAUAGAAACGGACUUUGGGGUCUUCAUUGUUAACCCGUGAAACAGCUCUUCUCCAAUAGCGCAAAACUUUCCCCGCUUCUCCGGCAGCUCAAAACCUCCUCCCCACAUAUCAUCGCCGGCGACUCUCUCUCCCGUAACUACAGCUCUUGGUCGGCCGCCUCUUCAGCACACUUACAGUCAGCAAGUAUAUUCCCAUAGUGACGUGAGGAAGAAGCAUGGGUUUAGGCAACAAGCAGGAAGAGAAAUCUCGCCGAGAACGAAGGAAAGAAGCUCGGCUGCUGAAGAAGAAGACAAAAUCUGAUUCAUGGAUUGAACAUCAAAAAUAUUGCAAAUCAAGGAAACUUUCAUGGCAUUCAAAUUCAGAACACGCAAAGAGAUCACAGAAUUCAUCCGGUCAGAGUAUAAAAGGAAGAGUACUUUUGCAGGCUUAUCCUGACCCUGCAAGCGGUCAUAGCUCAGAGCUGCCUGCUACUCUGAGAAACUCUGAAGUCAAAUUUGAGGCUCCAAAUUCUACCGUGGCAAGUGUCUUGGAAAGAAAAAAGGGCUUGAAGAAAGAGUCAGAAACUGUUUUUGAAGAGUUCCCUCAAAUGCAAAUGCAACAAGAUGCCAUUUUUUCUGCAGGGGAUUUUGCAUUGGAAAGAAAACUUGCAAAGAAACUCAAAGUGAAGGAUGGGAAAUUAGGAGGAAUAGGUGAUGGUAUCAAUGAGUUACUUGAAGGAAUUCCACAUGCAGUUGAGGGUGGAACAAAUCCAGUACAUGAGGAAAUUCUGAAGAGGAGAUCUGACAACAAUUGUUUAAAUAAGAAACGAACGAAGAGCAUGGCAUUAAGGAAUGAACUGGAAGGCAAUGAUGAGCUUGCAGGGGAGACAGUAGUUGGAUUGUCUAAGACGGUUGAAAAUUGUUAUAAGCCACAUGAAAGCCCCGAGCAGACUACUGUGCUAAAGAAAUCUCAGGCUAAAUUGCAUUCUUCUAAAAAUUCUGAUUCUGCUGCGGCAGAUAUGGCGAUAACAAAGAAAACAAAAUUCGAAGAGUUUCUAGAAAUGGAAAUGCUGGAAGGUGUUGUUUCUGCUGAGUCAGAUUUGUAUCUGGAAAGAAAACUUACAAAGAAGCUCAAGGUGAAAGAGGGAAAAUUACGAGAUGAAGAUGAUGGCAUCAAUUUGUUAAUUGAAGGAAUUCCAUCAGUUCUCGAUUCCUUUCAGGCUGAUGAAGACCCAUGUGAUGUGGCUUCAAGGAAGAGUUCCAAAAACAGCUAUAAAAAGAUGAAAACUUCAGAGCAAGAGCUGGAAGCUGUGGUGGAAGUUGGCACCCCAGCUGUAGAAUCUGAGCCUGUGGAAACUUUUCAUGCCAAAAUGAAACUGGAAAAUGUUCCUGCCAAGGCUCCUAAGUUGGAUGCAAAUGUAAAAUAUCUAGCUCCACACUUGAGAUCUCAUGUGGGGAAUGAAACAGAAGAUAUAUCUCAGAUUCGUAGAAGGGUGCGAGGACUUCUGAAUAGGCUGUCUGAAUCAAAUCUGGAAUCAAUUACUGGUGAACUUUCCAUUAUCUUUCGGUCUGUUGCUCGAGGCAUUGGUUCUCAGAUUAUCAUCGAAGAGGUUUUGGCAUCAUGUUCUGGAGGUCCUCGUGGCAAUGAACAAUAUGCUGCUGUUUUUGCAGCUUUUGUUGCAGGCAUGGCUUGUUUGGUUGGGAUUGACUUCAGUGCAAAGCUCUUAGCAUCCCUUGCAAAAUGUUUUCAGGAUGAGUACCUUGAAGAAGAUAAUCUUUCUCUGCGGAACUUGACACUUCUACUGUCUUAUUUAUACAUUUUUGGAGUUUGCUCAAGUGAAUUAAUAUAUGACUUUAUGAUUAUUCUGAGCAAUCGGUUGAUGGAGGUGGAUGUUUCUACUAUCUUAACCAUUCUACACUGCUGUGGAAUGAAUCUAAGAAGUGACAACCCUUCUGCCAUGAAAAAUUUUGUGCUGUGUGUACAAAAUAGAGCAAAUGCGUUGAAGGGCUCUUCUGAAAAUGGUCAAAAAAUAACAAGCAACAAAAGAAUGGAGUUCAUGCUUGAAACCAUAUUUGAGAUCAAGAACAACAAAAAGAAGGCAAAAGAGGAUACUCCACACCAUACAUGGAUAAAAAAAUGGCUGCAGAAAUUAAGGGUAGAAGAUAUUCUAAUUCGAGGGCUCAAAUGGAGCAAGCUCCUUGAUCCUGAUAAGAAAGGUCAGUGGUGGUCGUCUGGGGAUAUGGAUUCCACAAUUGGCAAAAUUGAAGAGGUCUCUAGUACAAUUGACAAGGAGUCCCUUGAAGCCCACAAGUUAAUGCAGCUUGCUGCUGCACAAAGGAUGAAUACAGAGGUUAGAAGAGCUAUCUUUUGUGUAAUAAUGAGCGGGGAGGACUACAUUGAUGCUUUUGAAAAACUUCUGAGGUUGGAUGUGCAAGGGAAGCAGGAUAGAGAGAUCAUGCGUGUACUUGUGGAGUGCUGUUUACAGGAGCAAGUAUUUAACAAAUACUAUUCUGUUUUGGCUGCCCAGUUAUGUCGCCAUGACAAAGAACACAGAACCACUUUACAGGGAGAUGAGGAGUAUCGUCUUUUAGGUCUUCAGAGUGAAGUGGAACUAGGUGAAUACGAGGUGGAGCAUGGGGAGUGGCUCUACUAUGAGUGUUUGUGGAGCCUUUGGAAGGAGCAGAAUUGGCGGGCUUUCUUGGAGAAGUUGAGAGCUUUGUGCUGACACAUGAUGUAACACUUGGCAAAAUUAAUAACAAGAAGAUUCAAUUAAAAAAAUACACUGACCUCCCCUCAGUCAAAAAAUUGUUAGAAAUUCAUGUAAUUUCAUAAAACUUCAGAAAUAUGCUUUGUAAUGCAAAUCUAACAUCAGGGGGCGACCUGAUAUAACUUUUGAAGUAUUUGAAAUGUGUUCUCUAGAAUGACAUCCAAAAUGAAAUAUCCAUACUGCUAUAAUAUCAAAGGUGUGGUAUUGGUAUCAAUUAUUUAUUUUAUUUACUCUUUUAGUUACUUGGAAAGGUUACUAUUUUUCCCUUCACUUUAUCUUUUUUAUUUUUGUUUGAGAUAUUUUUUGGGGGGUGAAGCAGUUUGCAUAUCCUGGUCGCUGGGAGAUUCUUGAAGUCUAAUAUCCCUGUAAAUAUUAUAAGUCUUUUUGGCUUACUUCGUUAUACUUAGAUGCCACAUGUGAUAAGUUUUAUUUGUUAUACUUAGAAAUCAUUCUCAACCUUUAGAGGAUGAGAGUGCUAUGUUCCAUUUCAAUCUCUCAUUCCAUACUUCAGGUGAAGUAGUUCUUACAUAACAUACAUGCUUAGGUAUUUAGAUC